AUGUUGCAUGUUGCUGAUGGCACUGGUGUUGCCAGUGCAAUUGCCGCCGGGUUAGCCAACUGCCAGCAAGGAAAUGAAAACGCCCCUUGUGAGGCAAAAAGCCAACGACCUGGGCAAACGCAUGUGUGUGUGGGACGCUCCAAGCUUUUAAGUAUAAUUUUCCAGAGACAGACAAAAACUGGAGGCCAGGUGGCAAGAGCUAGACAAAAACGAUGUAUCCGCCCAUACACAGAAGGCAACGGCAAAGGACUUCGACAAGGAAUGGGACGGGACUAAACGAGUAGGUGGAGAAAAUUUAAUAUGAUUAUGUUGAAGUAAAUUGCUUGAAACAAAUGUUGCAUGGACAGGCGCCCUCUGAUCUCCGCCCAGAAGCCACCUAUCUGGAUGCCAGACUUUGUCGGUGGGUGGUGGCUUGAUUCGGUCGGUUGCCAGGCCUUUAAAAAGCAAUUAAGGACAAUACGAUUUGGCCCUCAAAGGCUUCAAACUGUCAACGAGCCGGGGCAACGGGGGAGUAGUCGAGGGGAAAAGUGCCUCCAUUAUUGUGUGGCUAAUAAAAUACGUUUUGGGUCUCUGUGUGGGUCUGGGCGAUAA